AAAAUGUGACUGACAACCGGCUGGUUGUAAACAUGUGGUGCGUAUUGUUUGGAAGAGGACAACGUGCCAUGGGCUUGUGAGCAUCGUAAUUGAAAGCGCACUUGAAUUUGUUGCAAAAUUAAAGACAAUUGACUCUAGACUGAUCGUGUUAUUGGUUUUUGUUUGUACGCUAUGAGUUUCCGUGGACGUGGUGGCGGCGGAGGUGGUUUUGGUGGCCGAGGAGGUGGCGGUGGUCGUGGUGGCCGAGGAGGCGGUGGUGGAUUUGGUGGUCGUGGUGGCCGGGGAGGUGGCGGUGGCGGCCGUGGCGGUUUCAAUCGCAGCUUCGCAGACGAUGGGCCGAAGAAUCUCGUUCCCCUCGGAUACUACGAUUACCCGUGCCAGGAGGACCUGAUUGCCAAGGUGGAGAUCGAAAAUGUCCCGUUCUUCAAUGCACCCAUCUACAUGGAGGGUGAAAAGCAGAUCGGCAAAGUGGACGAGAUUUUUGGCAAUCUGCGCGAUUAUUACGUGUCGAUCAAGCUGAGCGAUAACAUGAAACCGGACGGAUUCCAGCAAAAGCAGAAACUGUUCAUUGACUCGGCGAAACUGUUGCCGCUUACGCGAUUUUUGCCAGGCAACCAGACACGCCGACCGGCUGGUCGGGUGGGCAAACCGGGUGGCCGUGGCGGUGGUGGUUUCCGCGGCAGAGGCGGUGGUGGUGGUGGCGGCGGCGGCGGUGGGUUCCGUGGCCGAGGAGGUGGCGGAGGCGGCGGUGGUUUCCGUGGUCGAGGAGGCGGUGGUGGUGGUGGCGGUGGAUUCCGAGGUCGUGGAGGUGGUGGAAGCGGUGGUGGCCGUGGAGGUCGGUGGUAAUUAUCAUUGUAGUUCCAUGUGUAGCGGAACACUACACGCGAAGAAAUGUCGCCUAGGUCUACGGAAGCUUACGCUGUGUCCGUAAGAGAAAUUGUCUAUAUAAGUGCUGUAAUGUUUAAGGUCGAGGAAAUAUAUGUGUUUCUUCCUGAUCAUGAAGAAGUAUCGUCGAAA